UAAUUGUUUUAGCGUAUGUUUGACACGGAUAAUAUUUUAGUUGUUUUCCCAUAUUGUAUUAGUGACGUUGAGUUGUUAUUUGUACACAUUUUUACGGCCACAAACUUGCCUGUGAUCGGAAUUAUUUACAUGUGACUCAGUUUGACGGCGUUUUCUGUUAGGAGAGUUAUCUGUGUUUUUUAGUGUAUAAAUUGACCCUCUGAGGAAUGAAGGGAUUUUAACUACCUAACACAGGGUCAUUAUCAUGCUUCCUUCCAAAGAGAACUCUCUGCAAAGGCUUUUGCAGUUUACACUCGCACGUUGCUGCUCUCGGUCGGUUGGAAAAGCCGCCUGCCCCAGACUGGUUCUGGGCAUUGAGACAAGCUGCGAUGACACUGGAGCUGCUGUACUAGAUGAGGAAGGUGUAAUAUUGGGAGAGUCUUUACAUUCACAGAAGGAAGUACACCUGAGGACUGGUGGCAUCAUUCCCACUGUAGCUCAACACCUUCACAGAGAACACAUACAGCGCGUGGUCCAGGAGGCUCUGGAGAGAAGCGGUGUCGGGCCGAGCCAGCUUUCAGCAGUAGCCACCACAGUGAAGCCGGGCCUGGCUCUGAGCCUGGGCAUCGGUCUGGAGUUUAGUCAGAGGUUUGUGAGAGAGCAUAACAAGCCGUUCAUCCCCAUUCACCACAUGGAAGCCCAUGCCCUGACUGUGAGGAUGAUUCAUCCCGUCACCUUCCCCUUCCUGGUCCUGCUCGUUUCUGGUGGUCAUUCACUCCUUGCUGUGGCUCGAGGAGUCAGUGACUUUCUGCUCCUGGGCCACAGCCUGGAUGAAGCUCCAGGAGAUACCCUCGAUAAAGUUGCAAGACGUUUGUCUCUUAUAAAACACCCUCGGUGUUCCACACUGAGUGGCGGACAAGCUAUAGAGCUUCUUGCAAAGGAUGGAGACAGGACGAAGUUCCCCUUCAAAACACCAAUGGGUCAAACUCUUGACUGUUCCUUUUCUUUUUCUGGACUACGGAACCAAGUUACAAUGACAAUAAUGAAAAAAGAGGUAGAAGAAGGUGUGGAACAGGGGACACUUUUGUCAUGUGUGAAUGACAUUGCAGCAGCGACACAGCACACUGUCGCCACUCAUCUAGCAAAGCGCACACAUCGAGCCAUCUUGUUCUGUAAAACAAAUGGCCUGCUACCAUCAAGCAGUCCCACCUUGGUGCUGUCUGGUGGAGUUGCGAGUAACCAUUACAUUCGAGAGGCUUUGACCAUCAUCACCGAGACAACAGGACUGCGCCUUCUCUGUCCUCCAGCCAGAUUCUGCACAGAUAACGGAGUGAUGAUUGCAUGGAAUGGAAUUGAACUGUUGAGAGAAGGGAAAGGCGUACUGUCUCCAGACGUGGACGUCCACUAUGAGCCAAAGGCAUCUCUUGGUGUUGACAUCAGUGCAGACGUCAAGGCGGCAGCGAUCAGCUCAAUGGGUGGAGUGUCAACCUGGGAAGCAAACGGUUGAGUGGAGACCUUGGGGGCAAAGGCUGAGGGUGGAGAGGACUCUGACUGAAGGUCCAAUGCUUUUGUAGCCAACAGAAAAAAGGCAGAGGCUAGAACAACUGGUGGAGGACCUGCACCUCCACCACUGACGCAUGCAGAGGAGAUGGCCCCUUAGCAUGAACACUGGAAAGCAGAGGCUGACGAAAUUCAUCAGAACCAGCACUCCCCAGGAUACAAGUGCAUGUGUAAAAUAUUCUGAUUGUAAUAUGUGAAUCUUCCUAGGAUGAUGAAGCCCAGGAUGUUGUAAGUAUACUACUAAAUAAAGCUUAAAUUAUGAUAAGCAUUAUUAUAAAGUGUAAUAUUAAUACAGUUUAUACACCACACAUGAUUUCUGAUGUUUAUGUUGCGUAGCGGGCGGCACGAUGGUGCGGUGGGUAGCACUGUCGCCUCACAGCAAGAAGGUUCUGGGUUCUCCCACAGUCCAAACACGUGCAUUAGGUCGAUUGGCUUCUCUCCAUUGCCCGUACAGUAGGUGUGAGUGUGUGUGAAUGUCUGUCUAUGUGUUGCCCUGCGAUGGACUGGCGACCCGUCCAGGGUGUACCCUGCCUCUCGCCCAUAGUCAGCUGGGUUAGGCUCCAGCACCCCCGUGACCCCGCAUUAGGGAAUAUGCGGUUUAGAAAAUGGAUGGAUGGAUGUUGCGUAGCCUAAAUGAUGCAACUUGACUCUCCAAGUAUACUGACUUUAUUAUCUCCCCUCUGCCCCAGAGUGUGGAAGAACAGCAGGAGGAGGGUCCGUCACAUUCUGCUGCACAGAUGCACACAGUUCAGUGAUGUUCAGUAAACGCCAGAGUUCCAUUCUGUAAGAGUAAUGAGGAACUAUGUCAUGUUACGCUAAAUGUUCUGUAUUUUAAGUUACCGGUUAUUGAGUUGUAUAAACUAAAUCUCAAGGAAAUGUUUUACUUGUACCACAAGAUUGAAAAGACAGAUCUAGAAAUUGAAAUUCCCAAACACAAGCUGGAGAUGAGUGUAUAGUUGAAGGUGAAUUGUAUGAAUUAUUGGAAGAAGAAGAAUGAUAAAAUCUAACAAUUGCCAUUGUAUUUGUAGGAAAUGAAAAAAAAUAAUAUAUAUAUAUAUAAAUUAUAAUAAAUUAUGAUUUGCAUUUA